CGCCGCCACGUCGGCACAAGCCUGUCGUGGGUGGCGAUUUUCAGACCCGCUGUGCCCUGCGAGCCAGCCUUCAAAUCAAGGCAGCUGAUAGAGGGAAGGAAAGCAAUCGCCUUUACGGGAACCUUUGAGAUUUUGCCCACCAAUCAUUCGAUCAAUUUCCCCAACCAAAAAUUUUCGCCCCGUUUCCCACACUGUCUCUUAACCAAAUCAUUUCAUCGGUUAAGACUUGAGAACAAAAGGCAGCAAAGUACAAACCCCCCUUUUCGUUAAUCUUCCCACGAAACCCCUUUUCUUCUUGUUGGGUCUAUCUCUUGACCCGAAAGCGAAGGUUUUGAUUCACCAAACCAACCAACCACUUUGCCGGGAUAACAAUUUUCAGUUGCCGCCGAGGUUCGGUUGCUGGAAAUGAGUUUUUGGGUUUUGGUUAUUGAAGAAGAAGAAGAAGAAGAGGAAAAGAAGAGUUUUUGAGGAGGGCUUAGCGACGAGAGAAAGGGAAGAUGGCAUUGUUUCGCAAACUGUUCUAUAAGAAGCCCCCUGACGGGCUGCUUGAGAUCUGUGAGCGCGUCUAUGUUUUCGAUUGUUGUUUUACAAUGGAUACAUGGCAAGACAAAGAUUACAAGGGGUACAUAUGUGGAAUAGUUGGCCAGCUUAAAGACCACUUCCCUGAUGCAUCAUACCUAGCAUUCAAUUUCCGAGAAGGAGAGACACAAAGUCAGAUUGCUGAUGUAUUAUCUGAAUACGACAUGACUAUCAUGGAGUAUCCUCGGCACUAUGAAGGCUGCCCUUUGCUCACAAUGGAAGUGGUCCACCAUUUCUUAAGAUCAGGGGAAAGUUGGCUUUCGCUCGGACAGCAAAAUCUGCUGCUGAUGCACUGUGAAAGAGGUGGUUGGCCGGUUCUUGCCUUCAUGCUGGCAGCACUUUUGAUUUAUAGAAAGCAAUACAGUGGAGAGCAGAAGACAUUGGACAUGAUCUAUAGACAAGCUCCUCGUGAGCUUUUGCAGUUGUUGUGUCCUCUAAACCCUGUCCCUUCUCAGUUGAGGUAUUUGCAGUAUGUUUCAAGAAGAAACGUGGCUACAGAGUGGCCACCAUUGGACAGAGCUCUCAACUUGGACUGUAUCAUCAUGAGAUUCAUCCCAAAUUUUGAUGGAGAGGGUGGGUGUCGUCCUGUGUUUCGUAUAUAUGGACAGGAUCCCUUUCUUGCUUCAGAUAGAACUCCUAAGUUCCUGUACUCCACUCCUAAGAAGAAUAAAACUUUCCGUGCUUAUAAGCAGGCAGAAUGUCAGCUAGUUAAAAUCGAUAUCCAUUGUGCAAUCCAAGGUGAUGUUGUGCUGGAGUGUGUCAGCAUACGUGAUGAAAUGGAGAGCGAAGAAAUGAUGUUUCGAGUGGUGUUUAAUACGGCUUUCAUCAGAUCAAACAUCUUGAUACUCAACCGGGAUGAAAUUGAUAUAUUAUGGGAUGCUAAAGAUCUGUUUCCAAAGGGCUUCAGAGCUGAGAUUAUUUUCUCAGAGGUUGAUGCCCAUGCUUCUGUUAUCUCUAUGGAUUUUGCUGGCCUUGAGGAGAAGGAUGGCCUGCCAGCUGAAGCGUUUGCCAAAGUUCAUGAGAUCUUCAGCUGUGUUGACUGGUCAGCACCAAAUGCAGAUGUCGCAUUUAACAUGCUCCAGCAAAUGCAUGACAUGGAUUUUGGACAUAGUGCAGAACAAAGUCCUCAAAGUCGGGAAACCAGUCCAGGAAUGCUCCAUGACAGAAGAAAGAGAGAACGGUUGAUGAGGAGCUCACUACUCUCGUGGGAAAAUGCUGAAGGUCUCGUCGCGCCAGAGUUAUUAUCCCCACAUACAAAUUUUUUCCAGGAUGAGCAGCAGAAUCUUGAGAAUAACAAAGAGACACCACCAACUACUCCUUUGGAUCUGACCAUUAAAGAUUUGUUACGUGACAAUGCCUCACUUCAGAAUGCCGAGACACUAAAAAGGAUCUUGACGAACUCGCUAGCACAAAAUUUGGACCAUAUGGACUCACCAAAUUCAGUUUCACCUACUCGAUCGGUUGAAGCUGAACAUGAAGUUUCCACUCAGACGCCUCAAUCAGUAUCUGGCCAUGGCAUUCGAGGUGCCGAGACCAGAAGUGCUUCUGAUUCAUCAUCAGUACCUCAACUACAACCUCCUAUCGCUUCUGCUGCUGAGAAGCUCCUUUUGUGUGCACAGUCAUCUGCAAACCACCAAACUGCUCCUCCCAAGGCUCUCACGACUUCACUACUCCCUUCUGCUCCACCACGGCCACCACCACCACCAUCAACUUUGGCUUUGGAGGAGAAUGUUGUCAAAGCUGAACCUCCACCACCAUCACCACCUCCUCCAUCAACUUCGGCUUUGGAGGAUAAUGCUGUUAAAGCUAAACCUCCACCACCACCACCUCCUCCUCCAUCUUGUCCAGUAAAAGCUACAAGUCCUUCAAUGGCCCCACCAAAGGCUCCACCUCCACCGCCUUUACCUUCUUCUGCACUCUCUGCUCCUCCACCACCUCCUCCGCCACCGCUUCCUCCUGUAUCUUCAUCUUCCCCUCCUCCUGCCACCUCCAGGCAUUCAAAUGCUCCUCCUCCACCACCUCCUCCUCCUCCUUGUACUGCUAGACAUACUUCUUCUGCACCGCCAUCGCCACCACUUCCUCAUUCUGCAGCACCUCAAGCUCCUCCUCCGCCUCCUUGUUCUUCUGCACCUUCUGCUCCAUCUGCCCCAGCGCCACCACCUCCUCCGCCUUCAGCUAAUGGUACUUCCAGAGCUGGUAGUGGUGGAGAUGCCUUGUCUGGACCUCCAUCAACUGUACCACCAUCUCCUGCUCCGCCAAUGAGUGCUGGCCUGGGGGGCAAGGGACGGUUGUCCCGUGCCAUAAGGAACAAUCAGAAAAAGUUGAAACCUUUGCAUUGGUUGAAGUUAACAAGAGCUGUGCAAGGAAGCUUGUGGGCUGAGGCACAAAAAUCAGGAGAAGCCUCCAAAGCUCCAGAGAUUGAUAUGUCAGAGCUGGAGAGUCUUUUUGCUGCAGCAGCGCCAACUCCAGCUGGUGGGGGUAAAACGAAUGCACGUGGCAAUCGUGGACCUAAGACUGAGAUAGUGCAGUUGAUUGACCACAGACGAGCCUACAAUUGUGAAAUCAUGCUUUCUAAGGUUAAGGUUCCACUGAGUGAAUUGACGGGUUAUGUUUUAGCUCUGGAGGAUUCAGCAUUAGAUGUAGAUCAAGUAGAAAAUCUGAUAAAGUUUUGUCCUACCAAAGAGGAAAUGGAACUCCUUAAGGGCUACACUGGAGACAAGGAAAAGUUGGGGAAAUGUGAACAGUUCUUCUUGGAGUUGAUGAAAGUUCCAAGAGUGGAAGCUAAGCUCAGAGUUUUUGCUUUUAAGAUGCAGUUCCGUUUACAGGUUUCCGACCUCAGGAAUAGCCUAAAUACAGUAAACUCGGCUGCAAAACAGAUUUGCUCUCAUCAGAUCAGGAAUUCUGCCAAAUUAAAGAGAAUUAUGCAGACUAUUUUAUCAUUAGGGAAUGCUUUGAACCAAGGAACUGCUAGGGGUGCUGCAAUUGGAUUUAGGUUGGACAGCCUACUUAAACUGACCGAUACCCGGGCAAGGAACAACAAAAUGACUCUCAUGCACUAUCUUUGCAAGGUGCUUGCUGACAAGUUACCGGAGCUUCUUGACUUCUCGAAGGACAUAAUCAGUUUGGAACCUGCAUCCAAGGUACAAUUGAAGUUCUUAGCAGAAGAAAUGCAAGCUAUAAGCAAAGGACUCGAAAAGGUCAUGCAAGAGCUAUCAUCCUCGGAGAAUGAUGGUGCCGUUUCUGAGAACUUCUGUAAGACCCUUAAGGAGUUCCUUCGAUUUGCUGAAGCUGAAGUAAGAUCACUCGCUUCUUUGUACUCCGGAGUGGGUAGGAAUGUGGAUCAAUUGAUUCUUUACUUUGGAGAGGAUCCAGCCCGUUGCCCAUUUGAACAAGUUUGUUCGACGCUGCUCAACUUUGUGAGGCUAUUCAACAAAGCUCACGAUGAGAACUGCAAGCAGCUUGAAAUGGACCUGAAGAAAGCAGCAGAGUCCGAAAAGAACAAAGUAGCAGUAGAUGCAUCCGAGAACAACCCAACCAAGUCCUUGCUGCAAACUGCAGUCCAAACCAGCAGUGUCAAAUGACCAAAACCUUCAAGGCCAUCAACUUUUUCGCCGUUCUCAAAACUGAAACCUUUAAGGCAGCCUAUCUCAAGUACUGAACAGACAAGGACGGGACCUUAUGGGACGUCGAAUGAAGCCUGCCGACGAGUACGCACACCUGGCUGGUGGAUCUAAAAACCUGGGUCUCGACACACGUAGCGUUAUCAGUCUUGCUGAUGGCUCGAAAGUUUCCAGCUUUCUUCUGCUAGAAGGUAAUCCCCUCCGCCAGGCUCUUGAAACCCACAAGAAUCGAAACACAGGCUGUUAGAAAGUACGAUGCUUUUUGAAGGGUAGGGUUGGCUACUUGUACAUGUUCUUUUUAGUAACCCUUAACAUUCCAGCUCUAUGGAUGGAAGUAGGAGGGAAGAACUCCGUUUCUGCUGCCACUCACAAUUUUGUCUCCUGACUUUGUUUCUGUUUUCUGAACAACCUCUCUGCCUGUAGAAACACAUAUACAUCUAUUUUAGCCUGUACAUAAAAAUAGUGUUGUAGUAAUGACUUCUUUCUUUCCUUCUGCUUGCUUUAUUCAGAGUUAGCCUCCUCCCAACAGGUUAGCUGUGGAGAUGUUUCAAGAAUUAUGGCCAGUCAUAUGGUAUUCGAACCGAA